GGCCAACCACCAUCACAACUCUCUCCGUCUGCCACAACAUACCUCUUCUCCGCCCUCUUCUCAUUCAAAAACUGGAAGACAAUGCAAGCUACCUGUAUCGCCCUGCUAUGUGCUGUCGUGGCGAUGAUCACGUGUCUCGAAGGGUUUAGCACGCGACCAAGCCUACACACCCACCGAGCGCCCACCACAGCGUCAAGAUCGUUGCAGGCGUCGCGAGUUGGCAGUCGCCGAAUCUCACAAACAAGAAUGUUCUUCGACUUCGGGAAGAAAGAGUCGAACGCUAGACCAAUGGCUGGGGGGACUGUCAAGGGGGGGAAGAAGACCAAGAUUGCUGAGGAGGUUACACCCGCUCAACGGCGGGCGCAGGAGAAGGCGACGGCGAUACGGGAGAGGAGUCGGAAAACAGCAACAAGAAAGAGCGAGGGAGUCUUCACUCCACCACAGUUCGAGGCCUUCAAGAAGGCACGGAAAGAAGUGCCCUCCGGCAAGGGGGACGCCUACUGGGAGAAGAUAGCUGCGAGGGUGCCGGGCCAGAACGCCGCGGCCUGCAAACGCGUGGCGGAGUCGAUGCUGUUCGAGGCCGCGGCGGGCACCAAGAGCAACUUCUUCGGCGGCUACAUCGAGACAAUAGAGACGCCGGACUACGUUGACCCGGAGGCGGACAUCAUGUUCAAGAUCAACAAGUUUUUCGGCCGCGGGAAGAAAUAGGAACCCACAUUAUUGAAGAACAAGGAAAUAAAAACACGCCCAAAUAGACGUUUCGAUUCGGCAGCGCCAGGAGGUAGCAAGGCGCCAUCUAGGAGCAACGUUCGCUUAGAGCCUUAUCUAGGCCAGCAGUAUUGUUUUGUUUCUGUGUGUUGGGGUAUUUUGCCAUCGCUUUUAACCGCGGGAAGAUACCGAUACAGGUUAGUUCUCUAAAGAGAAGGAUGCCCCGCUGUUUUGAUACACGCAUUUGUUAUCCAGGGACUCUCACGGCCUGUUAGUUUAUUACACGAGAGUAACGUGUAGCAGUUGAUGUAUAUUUGAUUGUGGCGUGUGAUUAUAAUGCCUUAGGGAUCAACAAAGGGGCCGUCCGUCGUGCGUAAAAGGGACAGCAACAUGUUGGUGCAAAGAAAGUAGAGUACCCUCACGCAGGGAAACGGGGACGUGUGGAGUGCAGCUGUCACGUUUAAGUUAUGUCGUUGUAGUCACCUCCCCCGCUGUUGGGAUUUGCCUCCCCCUUUUUACCAUCUUGGUAGUUUGUGGCUAUGUACGGUGACCACUGGAAAACAAAGAUAACAAUGUAGUGUGUGUUUGUUUGUCCCAUCUAUUCUGGCGCCGGUGUACAGGCCUCUCGGCUUAAAUACCUCACGUAUGAGCCGGGGGGUCAUAUAAGAGGAAAGUCACAAAUGAGACUUUUUCAAUUUUUUGUUUUGCAGUCGUGCAAUUUUACAACGACUCAAUUACAGGAUGUCCGACUAAAUACCUGUCCCUUGUGGAAAGCUUGUGGUGAACCAAUGGCCAUGGGCGGCUAUCAGCGAUUGGGUGUAGCGCAAGCGGCGCACAUCUAACCUCGAACAGGCGGCAAGAUAAUUGGUCGGACCAACCUUUGUUUUACCGCCCGCACGCCUGCAAUUACGUGCUGCCUUGCUCCAACCCGCCCCACUCGGGCAAGCUG